GAACAUGGUGAGUGGGAUGGGGUUCAUGGGCGCUUAUGUGUGGUUCCGUUGUUCUCAUGACUAACGCACGUUUUUUUAAUCUUUUAGGGUCGUUCGAAGCAGUUGUUAAAUAAUUCAACAAUUAAAUCUCCAAAGACUAGUGCUACUCCGGAAUCAAAAAACAAGCAUCUCGUCAACGGCAAAGGCACUCCAUUGAGAGGUGGAUCAAAGCGUCCAGUCCCUGUCGGCAGCGACGAUAGUGAUGUAGAGGUUGAGACAGGUGCGUUGGGCGGUGAUGCUGGUGAACUAAGGAUGUCACAUAAGAAACUGAAGCUGGCGACUGAAAAGGGAAUGGAACUGCAGAAAAAAGAUCUUAUCAGUGAAGAUGAAGAGGAUGAUGACGAAGAAAAUGAUAGUGCGGAAGAAGAGGAGGAGGAAAACGAAGAUAAUGAAGAUGAUGACGAUGACGAAAGCGAAGAGGAAGAUGACGACGACGAUAAUGAGGAGGAAGACGACGACGACGAUAGUGAGGAGGAAGACGACGACGAUAAUGAGGAAGAGUCUAGUGAGGGAGAGGAAGAAAGUAAUAAAGACAAUUCAGAACUGAAUGUUGAGAAAGGUAAAGCCAUCAACAACCUGGUUGGGUCAAAGGCUGUCCAAAAACCUGGUUCGAUGUUGAACAUUGAGAAAUUGACGGAAAAUAAGGUAUCAAGCAUACCGAGUAAAAUGACUGAGGGAUCUGAGCCACAAAGCAGUACAUCAGGCAAGGUCCUCAUACUACAUGGACCUGAUAACUUGAAUAGCUUGAAAGAAUUCCUUUCCAAAAUUAGCCCAGUGACCAGCAUAAGCAGGAUGGAACCAGCACCCAUAAUGGCUACCAUCGCUAAUAUAAGCAUUUUCAAAAGUCGAUUAAAGUCAGGAAAGUUGAUGUUUCACGGGAAGGAGCUCGAAGUAAUACCUGUAGAUAGAGUCGAGGACGCUAAUAAAGGAAUGCAACCCACCAAAACUUUGUUCGUAGGUGGAAUUCCAAAAUCCCUGACAAUUGAACAACUAAAAAGUCAACUCCCCAACAACUGUCAACCUGUUUCCCUAAAUUUGCUGAAUAAAAACCCUAAAAUCAAUAGUGCAUUUAUGUCCUUCUCCUCUAUUGAUGUGGCUAAGCAAGCUCACCAAAUUUUCAGUUCUUUAACUGUGGAAGGUCAACUGUUCAAAGCUAACUUCGCUAAAGAUCAACAGCCUCGAGCUGGUCCUGAUGGUUCCGUAAGAGUCGCAGUUUCAAAUUGGGAUGGUCAUCCGAACCAGUUGCGUAAGCUAUUCCCGACAUGUUUAGACGUUCAGUGGAUUCAGAAAAAACGAAAGGCAUUUCUUAAAUUUCCUUCCUUGGAAGUCCGAAAGGCUGCUGUCUCACAGCCAAAGUUCCAUGCCGGCAAACAGCUGAAACUGGCAUUAACAGGAGGACCAGAGCUCAAGACUGCCAUCGUUUGGGGUUUUCCAGCUGACACAAAAGAAUCAGACAUCAAAGGAUUAUUUGGUGGCGUUGUUUCAGUGUCACGUGAUACAACUACAGGGAACCAGAGCGCAUCCAUGACUGUCGAGUUUGAAACCGCUGCAGAUUGUAACAAUGCGAUUUCCUCAAACGCAACUCUGAAAGGUCGCCGCGUGACAAUAUUUUUAAAAGAUGUCUUUGUUGAUGAUUGUUCUAACAAUCAACAGAAGCAUUCUAAACCAUCUGAGAAGAAAGCUAAACGUGAGUUUGUUUCGGUUUGUUUUGUAUGUUUGUUCGCAAUUGUGCUGUCUUUCUAAAGGUUUUUGGUGUUCAUUAUAGCUGUAGAAGUAGGUGUUUCAAAGGUCAAGGCUGCUCACAAAGUUUCAAAGGCAGAGGAAGUGAAUGAUGCAGAUGACAUUGAGGAUGAGAAUGACGACGAAGAGGACGAAGAUACAAGUGAAGAUGGCGACAACAGUGACGAAGACGAUGAAAGUGAAGAUGAAAGCGAGGAAGAAGAGGAUGGAAGUGAAGACGAAAGUGACGAGGACGUUGAUAUGGUCUCACCUAAAGGCAAGGAGAAGAAGCAGUUUCCUGGCUUACACGACAAAAAAACUGGUGGAUUUCCGAAAGCAGACAACCGUUCAGGAGAUCAAAGCAACUUCAAAGCGCAGCACAAAUUUGGUGGUGAUUUCAAGCGCAACUCGUUUCGUGGUCGUGGUGGUCGAUCUCGCGGCCGCGGUGGUCAGUCGCCUCACGGUCGUGGUGGUCAGUCUUUCCGUGGUCGUGGUGGUAACCGUGGGGGCUGGUCAAAACGCGGUGGUUCUGGUUAAAAAACUUGAUUGCCCUGUAAAUUCAAAUUGCAAAUAAAUCUUUGUAAAUG